AAGAGUGAAACAUUUUCUGUUUUCCUGCUCGUCUUAUGCCAGCUAUGCUGUUACAACCUAAACAUGGUUGUGAAUGCUGAAACAGUUAGAAGGUGAAAUAAAAUUCAUGAAAUAAAAAGUAUUCCCUAAGGAAUGACUGCAUACAUAAUUUUAUUGCUCAAAAAUAUGAACCCAGAAAUAGAAUUUAAAAUUUGAAGCUUUCAGGUUUCAGUCAGUUGCUUGAUUUGGGUGUGUUAAAGAUUCUGUAGCUUUGUUUUUCACUUACUCCAACUGUACACCUGACUGCAAUCAUGGAAGUGGAAAACAGCUCAGAGACACAUCCAAUAUUUCUUCGAGAUCCUGAUGAGUGGUUACAGUAUGUGUAUAAACAUGUAAGUGUGGUGACAGAAGAUGAUGACGAACAUGUUGGGUGGCUUUACACUGUUGACCCUGUUUCUGAAUCAUUUGUGCUUGUCCAUUUCCUGGAAGAGAAUGUGCAGCUGUCCAUUCUCUUGGGUUCAUCCAUCACAAAAGUGACAGUUUUAGCCGAUGCUGGAGUAGGGGUCAAAGAAAAACUGGAUGCUUUGUUUCGCCCAAAGGCUGAAGCAGAGAUUUCAGAAGAUGAGCUGAAGGCCAGAAAGCAGAAAUUAAAAAUGUGGCUAGAAAAAAACCGCUUACCUGUUCAAUUGACAGGAGACAAUUCUGAGAUUUUAUCCAUCUCAGAUGCUCUUAUAAUCCAGCCACCAUAUGGUGAAAACAAUUGUCACAGUAUGAAUGAAAUCAUUCUUGGACGCAUUCAGGGUCUGAUAAAAAGCAUGCCUGAAGAUCAUGACAAGUGGUAAACAUUGUGUUGCAGUUUAUACAUUCUAGCACUAAUAAAGUCUGACACAUUUUGGUGUUGAAGACAUUGAUAUCUAAGAGCAGUAAAUAAACUUUCAAGAUGAAU